AUGGAAGUGGCAAUAAUUGGUGCUGGUGUCAUCGGCCUCUUAUCAGCCCUGACUUUGACCGAUGCUGGCUAUAGAGUGACCAUCAUUGCUCGCGACUUGCCAGGCGACGAAUCCCAAGACUGGGCAAGCCCUUGGGCUGGGGCGGCAAUCUUUCCGCAUCCAGAUGCCAAGGGUCAUUCACUUCAAGUCGAAAGCUUCAAAUAUUUCUGGGCUGUCGCACAUAGAGACCCUACAAGUGGGGUUCAGGUGGUCAAAGCAACCGAAUACUAUGAUGAUCGAGACGACGACUCCACAAUUUGGUACAAGUCCCUCGUACCCCAAUAUCGCCGGAUUCCCACCAAAGACCUCCCUGAUGGUGUCAAAAUGGGCUUUACGUUCAAGACCAUGACUGUCAAUCCCGCGAUCUUUCUCCCGUGGAUCAAAAAGGAGUUGGAAGCCCGAGGUGUCCGUUUCAUUCGAAAAGAAGUCACAGACAUCGAAGAAGCCAAGGAUAUAACUGGAUGUGGAGCGGUUGUUCAUGCACCGGGGCUAGGUGCUUCGGAAUUGGCCAAUGACAAGGACGUGGUACCAGUUCGCGGGCAAACCAUGUUCGUGGAAACCGAUUUCGAUGAACUGAUUAUGCUCCAAGGAUCGCAGUACACCUAUAUAAUUCCGCGGAUGUAUACUGGUGGUGCGAUCAUUGGGGGAGUGAGCCAGGAAGGCAAUCUAGAUCGGGGGGUAGACGAGAGUUUGCGGUCUAACAUCCUUAGCCGGGUGAGGAAUCUUUCUAAAAGACGUCUUGACUCUGUGGAUUUGGAAAAGUGUUCGACCAGGAACAUCGUCGCGUUCCGUCCGGCGAGAAAGGGAGGUUAUCGUCUCGAGACCGAGGGGAACGUUGUCCACGCAUAUGGAUUUGGCAGCCUGGGAUACACCUACGGAUAUGGAGCAGCCUUGAAGUGUGACCGCCAAUAUCCAUGCAACCACUGUACCCGCCGUCGCCGACCUGAAGAGUGUGUCUACGGUUCUCCGCCGGUGAACGUGCCCUUCCGUCUAUCAGUUCCUGCAGAUCAGCUGGAGACCCAACCACCUCGACCGGUAGAGAGUGCACGGCCCAUGCGAGAGCCAGCCGUGGAUGACUCCGAAGCUCAUUGGUCCAGAGAGCAUUCUACCCUAGCUCGAUCCUUUGGUUACUUUGAGGAUAGCAAUUCCAACACAAUGGCUUUGCUCCGAAGGCUGGAAUUGCCUGAUCAAACUGAUACAGAGCUAAAGAAUGCCUCGCCCUCUACUUGGGACACCAUUCACCAUGAGCUUGAUAUCAUGCCUGAGCGCCAAAUCCUCGACUUUCUUGUGCAAUAUUUCAUCCAUGAAUUGAAUUGGAUGAAGCAAGUCAUUCACGCCCCCAGCUUCUUGGCAAAAUACCAGCUGUGGUGGGCAAAGGAUAAAAUAGCGGAGAUUUCCGACGUCGAGUUUGCAGUUCUAAUUGCUCGCAUUUGUUCUUAUGCGACACAAUUUCUGCCCUCACCGUCUCAUACCGUUGAUCAAAUUUGUGGUCGGUCUCUAGCCGAUAUUCGUGACACCUGCAGUAAUAUUGGAAAUAAUCUUGCUACAGCGUGCGAGAUCCUCGACUGGAAAGGCACUUUGGUCCGUGUUCAACACAUUAUUUUUGCUGCAUUGAAAGUUUCAUGUGAAGGGAGGACUAGCCAAUUUUGGGAGGGCAUAGGUUCUGCAUGUCGAGCUGCUCAAAAAGCUGGCAUUCACACUGAUGCUACCAGUUUCAUGGAAUCCCAGCUUACCAAAGAUAGUGCCCAAGAGUUAGAAGGAGAUGUUCAGCGGAGGACGCUUUGCAGCCUUUAUGUUUUGGACAGUCAUUUGUCCAGACAACUAGAUCGGAUCCCAUUCUUACCCAAUCACUUGAUCGACGAAACGCUACCCCGGCUGCGCUUGAUUCCAGACAUUGGCAAUCUACCGGCAGAAACUGCUACCAGAGCGCCCGACAUAUUCACCGAACGUCUCAUGCAAGUUCGGCUUGGCUCUUUUUGGCGAGGCCUUGGAUUACAGCGUACCUCCGAGUUUGAUCCGACCGAGAGUGAGCGGAGAUAUGAGAAGCUCGAAUCCGAGUAUCUCAACAACUUACACCCGGCCUUCGCUAUAGCCCACCCAGACACAUCUUUGGAUAAGGCUCUUCCAAAGCUACCCAUGCAAAGACAACUUCUAUAUAUCGCGAUCUUCGACUCAAUUUGUUGGAACUUCCGACCUCUCCUGCUGCUCAAACCAAACCAAGUCGCAAGCUUAGCCCCCUACAAGAAAGUUCUUCUCCGGUCGCAGAAGCAGAGGCUUGGUAUGGCUGCACUGAAAGUGCUCGAAGCUGUUGCAACCCUUCAUACGAUGUUUGGGGGCUCCUAUACGCGCUUUUCUGCAAUCAUCUUUAACUCUUUUGAGCCUGUCAUUCUCCUGCUUAAUCUUUGUUCCCAUGCAGAUUUCCCAUUUGAUCAAGACGAUAAUAGCACAAACCUUAUGGGAAACCAAGCAAUGCAGGCUGUACAGCAGGCUAUUCGUCGUCUUCAAAUGUUAGCCGGGCUAAGUGACAUGGCUGCGUCCGGAGCCCGCGUGGCUACUCAGCUUUUUGCCAAAACUGUGCAGCCCAAGCAGUCAUCUAGUCCAAUCGCUCCCAAGUCGUCUGUUUCUGGCUCUUUAGGAUCACCCCAGUUCCCGACUCCGAUAGGGGUUUAUGGUGAACAGGAAAAGUGGCCGUCUUUGGAAGCAGGGGAUCCUUAUUCAAUGCCCGGUGAUUUUUCCUCAAUGGCACAAGAAGACUCUUUCCCAAGCCCCCAACUUUCCUCGUUGGGAUUCCCCAUGCUCUGGGGAGAGUCGUUCUUCUAG